GGCAAACCAUGGCGUCUCUGCCUCCACUGAUACGGCGACGUUUUCUCAGCACCAGCACCAAUGUCCCAAAGAAAUGGGCGGUGAAGGAAGUGACCAAGUUGAAUUUCAAGAAGUCCCUGGAGGAGUUCAAGGACCACCUCGCCGGCGCGGACUUCGUAGCCGUCUCGCUGCAGAAAACGGGGUCGUUUUCUGCGGCAUGGCACCGUCCCCAACCCUUCGACACCGCCGACACGUCGUAUUGCAAGGCCAAGUACGCCGCAGAAAGGUUCCAGCUUCUUCAGUUCGCCGCCUGCCCCUUCACUCUCAGAGCCUCCAAGCUCACUCCUCACCCAUACAACUUUGUAUUGUUCCCAAGAGAUGAAUUGAAGCUGGGGAUGCCAUCUUAUAGCUUUUCAGUUCAAACAUCACAUUUGACUUCCAUGGCUCAAGAAGGUUUUGAUUUUAAUGCCUGCAUAUAUAAUGGUAUAUCAUACUUGUCCAGAGCACAAGAAUCUGCAGCUAAAGUGCGGAUAGGGAAUCCAAGCCCCAGCACCUAUAUAAUGAACUCUUCUUCGACCCAUACCGUUGCUGAUACAGUUUUUAUUGAAAGAAUUAAAUCACGAGUCAAGCAUUGGAAGAAUGCGUGUAGGAGUUCAAAGAAAGAUGAUGCUCUGCUUAGUUCCUUACGAAAACUUGUCUUGGGGAGUGAACUUUAUGGAUCAAGGCCAUGCAUGAAUAUAGAUGUUUGCAGUGAACGUCAAAUACAGCUUGCAUUGGAGAUGUUGAGGGAGUUCUCUGAUGAACUUGUUCCUUUAAUAAUCCCAGCAAAGGGUGGAGGAACUCAGGCUGUUCGUGUCGUUCUUACAAGUUCUAAGGAGGACAAGGACUCGUUUGAGAGAGAACUUCAAAACCUUGAAGAGGAACAAAACCAGAGAGUUCGGGGAUUUCGAGAGGUGAUCGAUUUGAUUUCUGCUUCACAGAAACCUGUUGUCUCCCACAAUUCCCUUAAUGAUUUCACGUUUAUUCAUUCAAAGUUUCUCUCCCCCCUGCCGACUAAUGUAGACGAGUUCAUGGACUCCUUGCACUUGGUUUUCCCUCACUUACUUGAUGUCAACCAUAUGAUGAAGAAUAUUGGCCCUCUAAGGAAGGUGACCAAUAUACAUGCAGCUAUUUCCUACCUGAAUAAUCAUUACUUUGCACCCAUUGAUAUGGAAAACUUGCCCCAAGAAAAUGAAGAAGGCACAGUUCAUAGGCAUAAUGUGGUGAAGAUGUGUUAUCUGUUUGCAAAGCUCUGCUCCAUUCUGAAAAUUCCAGACAAUGCUAUGACAUCUAACAAUGCACUGUUGGCUCCAGCCCCUGAAGAGUAUACAAACAUAUCCAAUCCGUACCCUGACAGCCCCCAAGAAUCAAUCAAUGAUGAUAUCAGAAUCUGGACAAAGAAUAUGAAAAAAGUCAGCUGCAAUCAUUUGGUAUUCUUAUGGGGAUUUAGAAGUGGCAUGACUGCGGGGAUGCUCAAGAGCUUGUUGCACAAGUCACAUGACGUUUUCUCAGAAGAAUUUGAUGUUCGGUUAGUGGACAAGAGCUGUGCUAUUGUUGUUUUCUGGCGACCUGGUUUAUCCGAAACUUUUCUGGAUUUCGUGAGUGGUGAAGAGAUUUGUGGAUCUUUAAGGGAGAUGGUUUCGGAGGGCCUAAGAGCAUCGAGUUAUGAGGCUUACAAGAGAGUCUGCAGGUUGGGCUUAUGGGAAGCAAAUUUAGCAGAGUCCUUAGACAGAGCCUUAGAAGACCCAGACUGCCUUGUGGAAGCUAAUUUAGCAGCAAACUGCAAAGAAAUCUAUUGGUCUAGCGACUCAACGAUUAAUUUUGACAACUUGUAAUAAUAUGUAAAAGUCCAUGCCUUAGAAAUGAGAUCAGUUUUGCUCUAACUCAUCUGUGUACGGCAGAGAAUUGUUGCUUACCAUCCCAAAAUAGAGACUUUAUGGCGUUGCCCUCCGUAUUUUGAGGGUAAUCUCACGUUUUGGCAAAGACACU